AUGGAGGACUCCUCUGGCAGUAAUCCUCAGUCUCUCGGAUUCACAGAGAAAUUCAAGUCGUGGCUGUCCUGGUCAUGGGCCUAUGUGUGCUUCCUCUGGCUCGGCAUGGUUCUGGUCAUGGUGUACGUCCUGUGGAGCCCUCUCAAACUGCACGAAAGUCUGACCUCAGCGUCUGUGUUUUUGAACACUCUGACUCCCAAGUUCUAUGUGGCUCUCACCGGAACCUCUUCACUAAUAUCUGGACUCAUUCUGAUAUUUGAGUGGUGGUAUUUCCGUAAAUAUGGGACCUCUUUUAUUGAGCAAGUGUCUGUGAGUCACUUGCGCCCUCUGCUGGGCGGGGUGGAGAGUGGAUCCACCACCGGCCUCUUUGCAUCUGUGAACGGCGAUGCGGAGCCCAGACCCAGUGUCUCAGAGUGCAAAGUGUGGAGAAACCCUUUAAAUCUCUUCAGAGGAGCAGAGUACAACAGGUACACUUGGGUGACCGGGAAGGAGCCCCUAACCUACUACGAUAUGAACCUGUCUGCUCAGGACCACCAGACCUUUUUCACAGGAGACACACAGCAGUUGAGACCAGAAGACGCAGCUGGAAAAGAUAUUAACUUAUUAGUGUACAUCAAGCGCAGACUGGCAAUGUGUGCGCGGAAAUUGGGACGGAUCAAAGAAGCUGUGAAGAUGAUGAGAGAUUUAAUGAAGGAGUUCCCAUUAUUAGGAAUGCUAAACAUCCAUGAAAAUCUCUUGGAAGCACUUUUAGAGCUGCAGGCGUAUGCGGAUGUCCAAGCUGUUCUUGCCAAAUAUGAUGAUAUCAGUUUGCCAAAAUCAGCCACAAUAUGCUACACGUCAGCCUUAUUAAAAGCAAGGGCGGUGUCAGAUAAGUUCUCCCCAGAGGCAGCAUCCAGACGAGGACUCAGCACAGCAGAGAUGAACGCCGUGGAGGCCAUACACAGAGCUGUCGAGUUUAAUCCACACGUGCCAAAGUACUUACUAGAGAUGAAGAGCCUGAUUUUGCCUCCAGAGCACAUCCUAAAGCGGGGGGACAGUGAAGCAGUGGCCUACGCCUUCUUUCACCUGCAGCAUUGGAAGAGGGCCGAAGGAGCCUUAAACCUGCUGCACUGCACUUGGGAAGGGACCUUUCGAAUAAUUCCUUAUCCGCUGGAAAAGGGUCACCUGUUUUAUCCCUACCCAGGAUGCACAGAAACAGCAGACAGAGAGCUGCUUCCCUCUUUUCAUGAGGUGUCUGUGUAUCCAAAGAAAGAGCUCCCCUUCUUCAUCCUCUUCACAGCAGGCCUUUGCUCCUUCACUGCCAUGCUGGCCAUGCUCACACACCAGUUUCCAGAGCUCAUGGGUGUCUUUGUCAAAGCGUUCUUCAGCACACUCUUCGCUCCUCUGGGCUUCUUCGCAGACAAGAUGGAGAGCUUCAUGCCACGCUCUGCUCCUGUCUUCAGCAUCACAGACUCCUCCCACAGACGCUCUGCUCCUGUCUUCAGCAUCACAGACUCCUCCCACAGACGCUCUGCUCCUGUCUUCAGCAUCACAGACUCCUCCCACAGACGCUCUGCUCCUGUCUUCAGCAUCACAGACUCCUCCCACAGACGCUCUGCUCCUGUCUUCAGCAUCACAGACUCCUCCCACAGACGCUCUGCUCCUGUCUUCAGCAUCACAGACUCCUCCCACAGACGCUCUGCUCUGUCUUCAGCAUCACAGACUCCUCCCACAGACGCUCUGCUCCUGUCUUCAGCAUCACAGACUCCUCCCACAGACGCUCUGCUCCUGUCUUCAGCAUCACAGACUCCUCCCACAGACGCUCUGCUCCUGUCUUCAGCAUCACAGACUCCUCCCACAGACGCUCUGCUCCUGUCUUCAGCAUCACAGACUCCUCCCACAGACGCUCUGCUCCUGUCUUCAGCAUCACAGACUCCUCCCACAGACGCUCUGCUCCUGUCUUCAGCAUCACAGACUCCUCCCACAGACGCUCUGCUCCUGUCUUCAGCAUCACAGACUCCUCCCACAGACGCUCUGCUCCUGUCUUCAGCAUCACAGACUCCUCCCACAGACGCUCUGCUCCUGUCUUCAGCAUCACAGACUCCUCCCACAGACGCUCUGCUCCUGUCUUCAGCAUCACAGACUCCUCCCACAGACGCUCUGCUCCUGUCUUCAGCAUCACAGACUCCUCCCACAGACGCUCUGCUCCUGUCUUCAGCAUCACAGACUCCUCCCACAGACGCUCUGCUCCUGUCUUCAGCAUCACAGACUCCUCCCACAGACGCUCUGCUCCUGUCUUCAGCAUCACAGACUCCUCCCACAGACGCUCUGCUCCUGUCUUCAGCAUCACAGACUCCUCCCACAGACGCUCUGCUCCUGUCUUCAGCAUCACAGACUCCUCCCACAGACGCUCUGCUCCUGUCUUCAGCAUCACAGACUCCUCCCACAGACGCUCUGCUCCUGUCUUCAGCAUCACAGACUCCUCCCACAGACGCUCUGCUCCUGUCUUCAGCAUCACAGACUCCUCCCACAGACGCUCUGCUCCUGUCUUCAGCAUCACAGACUCCUCCCACAGACGCUCUGCUCCUGUCUUCAGCAUCACAGACUCCUCCCACAGACGCUCUGCUCCUGUCUUCAGCAUCACAGACUCCUCCCACAGACGCUCUGCUCCUGUCUUCAGCAUCACAGACUCCUCCCACAGACGCUCUGCUCCUGUCUUCAGCAUCACAGACUCCUCCCACAGACGCUCUGCUCCUGUCUUCAGCAUCACAGACUCCUCCCACAGACGCUCUGCUCCUGUCUUCAGCAUCACAGACUCCUCCCACAGACGCUCUGCUCCUGUCUUCAGCAUCACAGACUCCUCCCACAGACGCUCUGCUCCUGUCUUCAGCAUCACAGACUCCUCCCACAGACGCUCUGCUCCUGUCUUCAGCAUCACAGACUCCUCCCACAGACGCUCUGCUCCUGUCUUCAGCAUCACAGACUCCUCCCACAGACGCUCUGCUCCUGUCUUCAGCAUCACAGACUCCUCCCACAGACGCUCUGCUCCUGUCUUCAGCAUCACAGACUCCUCCCACAAUUGUAACUAUCUAG